AUGCUCCCAAAAGCAGAGAUCCCACCCCUGAACAAGGCCCCAGGAACCGGCCCCCUCCCAAUCCGCCCCUCCUCCUCCGUCAUCCUCCUCUCCCCCGCCAACCAAGUAUUACUUCUCCACCGCGUCGCCAAAUCCACCUCCUUCGCUUCCGCCCACGUCUUCCCCGGCGGCAACCUCUCCUCAUUUCACGAGGGCGAUGACUACCCGCUGCCGAAGGAUGCGGAGUUGCAUAGGGAUAGUGAGGCGUACCGGUUGGCGGCGGUGAGGGAGACGUUUGAGGAGAGUGGGAUAUUACUGGCUAGACGGCAAGAUGGUGGGGGACUACUAGAGUUGAGUGAGGAGGAGUUGGAGGAGGGGAGGAGGGAGGUGUUUGGGGAUCGGGUCAAGUUUACGGCUUGGUUGGAGGGGAAGGGAGGGGAGGCGGAUAUUGAAAACCUCAUCCCCUUCACGCGCUGGAUCACGCCCCAAAACCAGCGCAAACGGUUCACCACGCAAAUGUACCUCUACAUGCUUCCCCUGAACACCACAACCGCCGAAUCGCAGACCAGAACGGUGGUCCAAACCCCCACCCACGAUGGCGGCGUAGAACACACCGCCGCGCUGUUUGACUCCCCUUCCACCUGGCUGGCCAAAGCCUCCGCGGGCGAAAUCAUCCUGUACCCGCCGCAGUUCUACCUUUUGACGUUGAUCAGCCGGUUUUUGCCUAAGCAAUCGUCAAACUACGACGAGCAACGCGAGAAACUGAUUUCCUUCCUGCGCCGGGUACCGACGAGUUCAGUGAAGCAUCCCACCUCCGACAUUCCGUGGGCGGAGAAGGUCAUGAGUCCUGAAGUGGUGAGCUUUGCUAAGCAGGGGAGCUAUGGCAACGGACGAGUGAUUCUGGGACUGGCGAAGCCGGGGCAGGAGUUGAUGGAUAGUGGACGGGGAGGAGACGUGGAGAGGGUGGUGUUGGUGGAUUUCAGGAAGGAGGAGGUGGAAGAGGUGAAGGAGGAACAGACAGAGGGAGGGGAGGUGGUGAAGAAGGUGGUCAAGACGGCGGUGAGGGUGCCGAGGGAUUUGGAGGUGAUGGAGAGGGCUGAGGCUAUGGCUAUGGCUGCUGCUCCUGAGAAGAAGGGGAAGGGGAGUAGUAAGCUAUAG